CCAGUGUUUGCCCUCUGCUUCAUGGGUCCAUGGUGAUUAAAAGUACAAAAAAAACAAGCGCUAUUUCGUACACUUGCAGAUGCUCGUGUUAUUGUGUGCACCGGCGCGCCCGCAUGCUUUUAUUUUUAGUGUGACAGUGUGUGGCACACGACGGUCAGCUCGUCACUUCUUGCAGCGUGUGGGAUAUAAAGCGAGGGAGUGGCGGCGUCAGUUAGUAAGCAAUGGAGACAAGACACACACACACAGUACAAUUAUCGCUCGCAUUUUAACAUGACUGCUGCAUUAGUGGCUCGGAUGCUGCCUCCAAGUACGUACCGCAUGCCCAUGGAGGCUGCCCCGAGGAAGAAGGACUUGAUGGCCGCCUCAUGGAUGGACCUUGGCUUUCUUACGAUCCGCUUGAAGAAGUUACACGCUGACAGUUGUCACUCCGCCACCGGGACGAUCACUUCUGCUUCAGAUGGACAAGAAUCUUUGUAAAUGACAAGUGUGCCAUGAGGACUGAUUCAUUCCCUCUAGAGCCAAGUGCGUCCUUGCUUGUGGAGGUCUUUGGUCAACCUGGUGUUAACUAACACAGGAAGUGUGACAAUCUGCCUCCAUGGAGUUUGACAACAACACCAACCAGACGCUCCCGGGGGUGACCCCCAUGAGCCUGCAUAUCUCCCUGCCACUCACGGUGCUGGUGGGCAUCAUGAUCCUGCUGACAGUGUUUGGGAACGUCCUGGUGGUCAUAGCUGUGUUUACGAGCCGGGCCCUGAAGGCGCCGCAGAACUUAUUUCUGGUGUCUCUGGCAUCAGCGGACAUACUGGUGGCCACCCUAGUGAUGCCCUUCUCCUUGGCCAACGAGCUGAUGGGAUAUUGGUACUUUGGAGAGGUGUGGUGUGAGAUCUAUCUGGCCCUCGAUGUUCUUUUCUGCACCGCCUCCAUCGCUCACCUCUGUGCCAUCAGCUUGGACCGCUACUGGUCCAUCACGCAGGCCAUUGAGUACAACCUGAAGAGGACACCGCGCCGCAUCAAGUGCAUCAUCUUCAUCGUUUGGGUCAUCGCAGCUGUUAUCUCCUUCCCGCCUCUCAUCACCAUGGAGAAGGAAAACCGCAAAGAGGACCCUGUUUGCAAGAUCAACAAUGACAAGUGGUACGUCAUCUCCUCCUGCAUUGGCUCCUUCUUCCUUCCGUGUGUCAUCAUGGUGCUGGUCUAUGUCAGGAUCUACCAGAUCGCCAAAAAGAGGACACGGGCGCCACCAGGGGACCGGAAGCGAAAGGACAAGUCAGACACCAUGGCUCCGUCUAACCAGAGGGAGAAUGGGCUGGCUGCAGGUGAGGCGGACAAGCUUAAGGACCAGGGGGACAUCGAGCUGAGGGAAGGAGGAGGAGGGAAAGAAGGCGAGGUCAAUGGUGUGGACAUUGAGGAGUCGUCCUCUUCUGACCAUAAAGUCAAUAAUCCCUGCUCCAUGAAAAAGAAAUCAGCCAAGGGAAAAAGCAAAAUCAAACCAGGUGACAGCGAAGUGCAGAAGAAGAGCACCAAAGGAAGCCGUUGGAAGGGUCGCCAGAACCGAGAGAAACGCUUCACCUUCGUACUGGCGGUGGUCAUCGGCGUCUUUGUCAUCUGCUGGUUCCCCUUCUUCUUCACGUACAUGCUGAUGACGCUGUGUGAGUCGUGCCCCGUCCCAGCCACCCUAUUCAAGUUCUUCUUCUGGUUUGGCUAUUGCAACAGCGCACUCAACCCCAUCAUCUACACCAUCUUCAAUAAUGACUUUCGCAGGUCCUUCAAGAAGAUUCUUUGCAGGAGGGACAUGAGAAGAUACGGCUGACGGACUGCUGCUCUUGUAAAUAUCAAUAUUUUCCUAAGUAAUUCCUACAAAGAACAUCCUGAUGGGACUGCUUGGAGGGCAUUGGCACAGCGUGGGUUACCAGUUAAAUCUUUGCCCCUAACCAGUGGACCUUGUGGCCAGUCAGUAAUUAGCCUUUUUGAUCCUUUCGGGCUACUGUCCUCCAGGAUAAUAUUUGGCAAUGUGAUACAAAACAAGUCCUAGUUGGCGUAUUUGAGGUAUUAUGGCUCUGGCCAUCACAAUUUACGUAUAGAGUGAAGGAGAGCUUGUAGUUACAGACUGUCAUGGCUGACAGGGACUGUCAAAUGGGUCGGGGAGGUGGGCACAAAGGUAGCAGAGAUGAAAGUAGGGAUACAGCCAAUACUGUCAGUGCCAGUCGAAACUUCAAAUUCAGUGUUUAUAAAUGGUGAUCACUGCUUCUACGACUACUACUUAAAUAUGUUUUAUUACAUCUCUUGAAAUGUAAAGCUUUGCACCCGGGGUGACGGAACCUCCUCCCCUCUCCCGCCACGCUACGCCACGGUUGGAGAGGCUUUUGCAAAAUGAGCUUGACACGCACCAUUAGCUCGAUUGCGUUUGAUUUGGAAAAACAUCUCCGACCGCUUCAGCACAGAGCCCAAUAACACUCAGCAGUAAAUUUAUUGUACAUUUAUUUGUUUUUUAAUAUAAAGACACAGUUAAGUCAA